AAUUUUUGUGGGUUUUGUACGCCAUUCAUGUGGAAAAUGGACCCCCCCAUUACAAAAUUUUCAACUUUACUCCUCCACUUGCAACAAACAGCUGCAAACUUGGUAACUUGCGUUCACGCACCUGACCAUAUGCAAAAAAAACUUUGCUCCUCUUUCUUUUCUCUUCUCUUCUUCGAAACACUCUCCCCCUUUUCUUGAAGUGCUGUAAUAGUGCUUAGCCUCUCCACAGCAAUGGUGGACUUUGUGAGCCCGAUCUUGGAUCUCACAUGUCGAUUAUGCGAUUGCAUCGGAAACAAUACAAACUCCAUUCGUCAUCUCCAAGACAAUCUCAACUCUCUGAGAACCGAAAUGGAAAAACUGACGGAGCAAAAAAACGAUGUGAAGACGAGAGUUGAAACCACCGAGAGCCAACAAACGCAACCAACCCAACAAGUCAAUGGCUGGCUUCGAAGAGUAGAAGAAUUGGAGAGGGAAGUGGACAUUGUUUUACAACAGGGUGAUGAAGAGAUCCAGAAGAAGUGUCUCAAACUUUGUCCCAGAAACUGCUGGUCUACGCAUAAACUCGGGAAGAAAGUAUCUAAAAAGCUACAAGCUGUGGCUGAUCUGAUGAACGAAGGAAAUUUCAGCAAUGUGGUUGUACCAUUGCCCCGGGCUCGUGCUGAAGAAAUGCCUCUUGAGAUGACUGUGGGAUUGGAUUCGAAUGUCAACAAGGUCUUGAGCUUCCUUAGAGAUGAUGGCGUGGGAAUUGUCGGCAUAUACGGAAUGGGGGGUGUUGGAAAGACAACCCUCUUGAAGAAACUCAACAAUGAGCUUGCGACUCGGUUGAGUGGUGAGUUCGAUGAGGUGAUAUGGGUUGUGGUGUCCAAAGAUCUAACUGUUGAAAGGGUUCAAGAUAAAAUUGGGAAGAAGCUUGGAUUCACAGAUUACAUAUGGAUGGAUAAAAGUCGAGAGGAGAAAGCCGCAGACAUAUUUAGGGUUUUGAAAAGGAAGAAAUUUGUGCUACUGUUGGAUGACAUAUGGGAGCGACUUGAUCUUCUUGAAGUGGGGGUUCCGCCUCCGGGUAAUCAGAAUAAGACUAAGGUAGUGUUCACGGCCCGAUCUGAGCAAGUGUGUGGGCUUAUGGAAGUGCAAACGAAGAUUAAAGUUGAAUGCCUGAAGUGGCAAAAAGCUUGGGAUUUGUUUCAAAGCAAGGUGGGAGAAGAGACGCUCAAUUCUGAUUCUGAAAUACGGAAGCUAGCGCAAGUUGUUUGCAAAGAAUGCGCUGGUUUGCCACUGGCGCUGAUUACAAUUGGACGAGCCAUGUCUAGCAAGAAAACUCUCCAAGAAUGGAAUUAUGCAAUAGGCUUGUUGAAGAAGUCAACUUCUGAAUUUUCAGGUAUGGGAAACAAUGUGUUUCCUCUUUUGAAGUUCAGUUACGAUAGCUUAUCUGAUGAAAAAACUAGGAAUUGCUUCCUGUAUUGUUCUUUGCAUCCCGAAGAUAUGGAUAUUCCAAUACACCAUAUCAUAACUAUGUGGAUGGGCGAGGGAUUUUUUGAUGAAUGUGAUCAUAUCGACGAGGUUUUCCCCCUGGGCCACGAUAUUAUUGGCAGGUUGAAGCUUGCAUGUUUGUUGGAAAGCUCUCAAUAUGGUCGAGAUUAUUCCAAAAUGCAUGACGUAAUUCGGGACAUGGCAUUGUGGAUACUUUCGGAGAGUGGGAAGAAGUAUUUGGUGCAAGUAGGUCUUCAGCUACUCGUAGCACCUGCUCUUUCUAAAUGGGAGGAGGCUGAAAGAAUAUCGGUGAUGCAAAAUUCUAUUGAAGAAUUAAGUGGAACUCCGAGAUGCCCCAAUCUCUUGUCUUUAAAUCUUCGCAUCAAUGCUUUGAGAACCAUUUCCGAUAGCUUCUUCCAAUUUAUGCCUACUCUCAAAGUUUUAGACUUGUCAGAUAACAGAGAUUUAACAAACCUACCAGCAAGCUUUUUCGGGUUGCUUUCUUUGCAGUAUCUUGAUCUCUCAUCAACGGGCAUAAGAGAAUUGCCAAUCGAGUUUAAGUCGUUGGCAAAGUUAAAGUAUUUGCAUCUGAAUUUUAUGAGAAAACUUGAUAUUAUCCCGCCACGAGUCAUAUCAAGUCUUUUCAUGCUGCAAAUGUUGAAGAUGCACGACACCGGUGUUUUAGAAGGAAUUGAUGAAGGUAGCAUUCUCAUUGGUGGGAAUGAAUUGUUAUUGGAUGAGUUAGAAUGCUUGAAUCACUUGCAAUUUUUAACUUUGACAGUGAAAAGUGAGGCUGCACUCCAAAAAUUGUUAAGUUCACACAAGUUGAGAUGUUGCACAUUUUAUCUAGGCAUCGAACAAUGCAGAGGCUCGAGUUCACUGCAACUGUCUUCUUUACAGAAGAACUUAAAGAGAUUAGAAGGGCUUGAUAUUAGAAAUUGUGAUGAUUUAGAGGAUUUGUCAAUGGAUUGGAUGAGCUCGGAGGAAAGAGGGAGAGCUCAAGUACCUCACAAAUACAAUCUGUGGGAUAUUAACAGUAUAAUAGAUGGAAACAGAAGCUUUCGUAACCUGAAGGAAGUCUUGAUAGUGAACUGCACAGUUUUGAAGGAUCUAACAUGGCUAAUUAGCGCGCCAAACCUUCAAGUGUUAAGAAUUUCUAACUGUGAUGCAAUGGAAGAAAUAAUAGAAGAUGUGUGUUGCAGUAGUAGUGAUACUGCAAUUAGCAGCAGGGAAGGAAGUUUGAGUGUAUUCUCUAGUCUACAAAGGUUGUAUCUUCUUGAACUACCAAACUUAAAGAGCAUUUACAGUCAUCCAUUGCCCUUCCCCUCUUUGACCCAAAUUGUUGUGUCCAACUGUCCGAAGCUCAAAAAACUCCCGUUUGACUCCAACAGCUGUAAAGAUACUCUACGAUCAAUUGACGUCUGUCAGAGACAGUGGUGGGAUGACUUGGAAUGGGAGAAUGAAGAAACUCGCUCUCUUUUCUUUCCACUUUUCAAAUGCGUUGGGCUUGACGUCUCGUGAUUCUGAGGAAGGGUUGCCUUACAUCACAGGUAAAUCUCUAGUGUCAAAGUAUAAACCUCCUGCAUGUUGUCUUUCUGUGCAAUACAAACUCCGGAAUUCUUUGUUUGCUAUAUAUAUAUAUAUAUAUUCAAUUUUUUUCCCCA